CUUCAUAAAGAAGAGUUGCCAGCACGUUUUAAGCUGACAGAACUUAUCAUUGAACACUUUGAUGCUGAGUACAGCAAUCUCGCUUCAGAGAUUAAAGCGACUGCAGGGCGCAUUUCCUUCACCAGUGACCUGUGGAGCUUGCCCACGUUUCUCCCAUUCAUGGCUAUCACAGCUCAUUAUUUGUUCUUUACUCGGAAUGGC